UUGGUACGGUCGGCUGCGAUUCAGGAGGACUCGAUAUAAUACUCCCGUACUAUCCCUAACAACCAUAUUAAGUAGUCGAAUUGACAUCAUCCAUAUUAAGUAUCUCCCAUAGCUCUUCCUCGUAAACAGAAGCACCAAGUAAAGAUGCCGGACAAAAUGAAAGCGUUGUCGUACGAGGGUCCUUUCAAAGUGUCCGUCAGGGAGGUCGAGCGUCCCAAACUCGAGCACCCGGAUGAUGUCGUUAUCAAAGUAACGACGGCAGCAAUUUGUGGCAGCGAUCUCCACAUGUACGAAGGUCGUACUGCAGCCGAGAACGGUAUCGUGUUCGGUCAUGAGAACAUGGGCAUCGUUGAGGAGAUUGGGACCGGCGUGACCCUCCUAAAGAAAGGAGAUCGCGUUGUACUUCCGUUCAAUGUUGCUGAUGGUCGAUGUUCUAAUUGUGAGCGCGGCUACACAGCUUUCUGUACUGGAGUAAACCCAGGUUUUGCGGGUGGUGCUUACGGAUAUGUCGCUAUGGGACCCUAUCAAGGCGGACAAGCACAGUACCUGCGAGUGCCAUAUGCUGAUUUCAAUGCUCUUGUACUGCCACCUGGUAAGGAACACGAGGCAGACUUUGCGCUACUGGCUGAUAUCUUCCCCACUGGAUGGCAUGGUCUGGAGCUGGCGGGCUUUAAACCUGGUGAAUCAGUCGCUGUAUGGGGAGCUGGACCGGUUGGAUUGAUGGCGGCGUACAGCGCACUUAUUCGUGGUGCAUGCAGAGUAUACGUGGUCGACCAAGUUGACGCAAGACUACAAGCGGCUGAAAAGAUAGGAUGUACCCCUAUCAACUUUCGCAAGGGUGAUCCAGUGGAGCAGAUCAUACAGGCUAACGAUGGUAUGGUUGACAGAGCUGUGGAUGCGGUAGGCUACCAAGCAGUCGAUGCUUCAGGCAGCAAGGAGAAGCCUAACAUCGUGCUCGAUCAACUGAUCAUGGUGACAAGGCCUACUGGAGGACUUGGAAUUCCCGGUCUGUACGUCCCAGCUGACCCUGGGGCUCCUGAUGCACAGAGUGGAAAGGGCCAGAUUCUUUUGUCCUUUGGUAAAUUGUUCGAAAAGGGACUUUCACUUGGAACUGGGCAAUGUAACGUCAAGAAGUACAAUCGCUACCUUCGAGAUCUGAUCGUCUCUGGACGUGCGAAACCUUCCUUUGUCGUAUCGCAUGAGGUUGGAAUUGAGGACGCUCCAACAGCUUACGAGAAGUUCGACAAACGAGUCGAAGGGUAUACCAAGGUCCUCAUACACCCCAAUGGAGGGUUUUAACAAACAUAUUGGUGGUGAUAAGGAUGCUCGUACGUAACAUGUGGAUAUGUAUCAUUACUUUGAGUCCUAAGUGAGUACUGUGAUGUCCCACUGCGUCAUUGGUCUUGUUUGCGCCCGCUGGGACGUCCGAGAUGCAUAUCUUAAUGGGUUAUACCGGACAAAAUACAAAUACUGAUCGUAGCAGUUGU